CAGGCACAUUCGCAUUGAGUGUCAGUGUGAUCGGAGCUGUUCCUUGAGUAGAUCGGGAGAUGGAGACGCUAGGCGGCAAUGUCAGCACCACGGACAGCUCCCUCCCUAUACACACGCUGUACGCUGGAGGCUUCCUAGCUCUGGAUACUGACGGGUGGACUGUAAUCAUUCCCAUACUACUCAUAGUAAUGUGCUUCCUAGGACUUGUAGGAAACGUGUGUGUGAUCGCAGUUCUUCUGUACAAUGCCAGCAAAUCCAAAGCCUCCUUGAUCCACUCUCUGAUCCUCAAUGUGAACGUCUCUGACCUGCUCCUGUUGGUGUUCUCGGUGCCCUUUAGAGCCGCGGCUUAUUGGAAGUCCAGCUUAUACUUGGGUUGGUUUGUUUGUAAGACUGCAGAUUGGUUUACACACACCUGUAUGUCUGCCAAAAGUUUUACCAUCGCUAUAGCCGCAAGAGUAUGCUUCAUGUAUGCCAGCGACCCUGCCAAGCAAGUCAACAUAGGACAUCUCCUCAUCUUUGCAGUGCUGACGUGUAGCUGGCUGGUAGCUGCUGUGCUGCCCCUGCCCGAAUGGUUCUUCACUGAUGCCAGGCAAAUCCAGACCUCCCUCAUCUGUCUCAUGAACAUUCCAGCAGAGGCACAAGAGAUAAUGGGCAUCUUUGUAAAACUUUACCCAAUCUUUGUCUACUGUAUUCCCUUCACCCUUGCCUUCUUUAAUUUCUGGAGAGCCUACAAGCAGUGCCAACAUAGAGGGACUAAAACGCAAAAUCUUAGAAACCAGAUCAGAUCCAGGGGGCUCACCCUAAUGUUACUGAGUGUCACUGUCACCUUUUGCAUCCUAUGGCUCCCAGAGUGGGUUUUCUGGCUCUGGAUAUGGCAUAAGCCAGCCAAUGGUCCAUCCCCACCCCAAGCCUUUGUGGCCAUUGCCCAGAUCCUCAUGUUCUCUAUGUCUUGUGUAAACCCUCUGAUCUUUAUGGUCAUGUCAGAAGAUUUUAAGGAAGGCUUCAAGGAUGUUUGGAAACGGCUGACUUCCAAAAAAUCUUUAAAUGGCAGUGAUAUUCAGGAUCAGGGGGCAAUGGAUAUUCAGGAUCAGGGGGCAAUGGAUAUUCAGGAUCAGGGGGCAAUGAGUUCAGAUGGUAUGGCAGACUCCCCUGCUCCAGAUCCUGAGUCUUCUGAGCAGCCUGCAGCUAUGGGCCAGGUGGAACAGUCAAGCUCUCAGCAAAACUUUGGAAGCCAAGACAGCAAGGAAAACCCAGUCCUUCCAGAUGUGGAGCAGUUUUGGAAUGAACGAGAAUCGGAUCCUGCUGACCAAAACAAUGACCCAAUCCCAUGGGAGCAUCAGGAACAAGGAACAGAGGUGACCGAGCAGAACACAAAACUUUAAGAACAUUAACUUGACUGGCUGACCAGCUCUGAGUCCAUAAGGACUUGUGCAUCUCAAUGGCACCCUACAGUCAUUUACAGUGCCAAUUAUUUGUAAAUUAGUUUUAAGGUAUAUCAAAAGCCAAACAUUCUUUCUCAGAUUUGGAUAGUGUGAGAAAGGAUUAGAGCCUCUGUCAGGUUUUAUUGCCUCUCCGUUUUGGGACAACAACUUAUGAUAAAUCCAAAAUGUCAUGGCUUCCAAAGGAACAGUAAAAGAGGUAAAUCUUCCAAUGGGGACACCUGUUCCUUCCACAGCUGUUUUUUCAUCAAUUUAGGAAUGUUUCUAUUUACUUUUCUGUUGUGUCUUUAGAGAAUCAAGUGCAGGGAAAUCUCCCUAAUGGGGCACAAAAAAAAAACCUAAUGGGCAUUCCUAAUAUUUUUAUCUUGUUACAAAGUUUUGACUCUAGUUACACUUUAUCACUGAUGUGGAAAAAGGCAACUUGGUUGUGGGAGACACUUAAAGGGGUUGUAAAGGUCAGUUUUUUAUUUUCUAAAUA